AAAGAUGUCAUCCAGCAUACCUAUAUCAGCCCCUUUCACCAAAGCCCCUCUUCCGUAUCCAUCCUCAAUCUUCUUCAUCUUCUUCUUGCAAAAAGAAAAAUAAAAAAUCAAAACAAACAGCCCGAAUUCACCCUUUUUCAUCCAAAAUCAUCUUUGUAGUCCGCAGCAAUGGCGGAUCAGACAGCGAGGCAGCGAUUCCGCAACUGGUUCCCCAGCUGGUCCAACCCACUAGCUACACCUCAGCCUCCACCUGCUCAAUCUCAACCGCCUCGACCAACCCAGCGCCUCCUAUUUCGGCCUCCGCCACCCCAAGCUCAGCCUGCAUCUCCCCUCACAGACUCUCAGUCACUACCAGUGAUUCGAACCACCUCUCAGCCCCCUUCUCCAUCUCGCACAGCAUUUCAAUUGCAGCCUACCGCUCAGACAGCCUCUCAACCACCAUCCCCAUCUCGCACAGCUACUCAGCCACAGCCAGCUACUCAAAAAGCCUCUCAGCCCCCAUCUCCACCUCGCACAACCUCUAAGCCACAACCAGCUGCUCAAACAGCCUCUCAGCCCCCAUCUCCACCUCGCACGCCCACUAAGCCACAAACAGCUGCUCAAACAGCCUCUCAGCCCCCAUCUCCACCUCGCACGCCCACUAAGCCACAAACAGCUGCUCAAACAGCCUCUCAGCCCACAUCUCCACCUCCUGCAGCCUCUCAGUCACAACCAGAGACUGGAAUGGCCUCUCAACCAUUAUCUCCACCUCGCACGCCCCCCCAGGCACCAGCAGCAAUGCGAACGACAUCUCAGCCUCCAUCUCCAUCUCGCAUGGCCUCUCAGUCACAACCUGUGACUCGAACAACCUCUCAGCCUCCAUCUCCAUCUCGCGCUUCUCAGGCACAGCCUGCAACUCGGGCAGCCUCUCAGCCCCCAUCACCAUCUCGCACAGCUUCUCAGCCCCAACCAUCCACUCGAACUGCCUCCAAGCCAACAUCUCCAUCUCGCACAGCUUCUCAGUCUCAACCAGCAAGUCAAAAGGCCUCUCAGCCAACAUCUCCACCUCGCACAGCUGCUCAGUCUCAACCAGUGAGUCAAAAGACCUCUCACCCAACAUCUCCAUCUCGCAUGGCUGCUCAGUCUCAACCAGAGAGUCAAAAGACCUCUCAGCCAACAUCUCCAUCUCGCACAGCUGCCCAGUCUCAACCAGCAAGUCAAAAGACCUCUCAGCCAACAUCUCCAUCUCGCAUGGCUGCUCAGUCUCAACCAGAGAGUCAAAAGACCUCUCAGCCAACAUCUCCAUCUCGCACAGCUGCUCAGUCUCAACCAGCCCAGCCAACAUCUCCAUCUCGCGCAGCUUCUCAGCCUCAACCAGCGAGUCAAAAGACCUCUCAGCCAACAUCUCCAUCUCGUGCAGCUUCUCAGUCUCAACCAGUGAGUCAAAGGACCUCUCAGCCCACAUCUCCUUCUCGCCCAAGCUCUCAACCUACCCGAGCAGCAUCUCAGCUUCCAUCUCCACACACUACUUCUCAAUCACAACCAGCCACUCGAAUGACUUCUCAACCACCAUCUCCAUCUCGAGUGGCCCCUCAGGCACAAACAGCAGCCCGUCAGAGAGACUCUCAGCCCCCAUCACCAUCUAGGCCAACUUCUCAACCCAAACCAACGUAUCCCGAAGUAGUUCAACCCCUACCUGCAUUAUCUCAGACACUCUCUCAAGACCCUAAGCCAGAAGACUCGUCUGAGCCAGCUUUGCAGCCACCAACCCAGCAGCAAACCAAAUCACAGGACAAAACACCAUCAGAAGCAACCUCUCAGCCAGCUGAAGGGGAAAACCAGCUUGGAAAGGUAUCAGGCUCCAAGACACUGGUUACGCCUGCUUCUGAGGUUGCUGUGGAGCCCCCUGCUCAUCCACCAGCAUCAGAGGCCACUUCUGUUCCUGUUCAUCUUCAUCCGGAGCCAAAAUCAGAAACAAAGCCAGAAGCAACCAAAAAUGAGAAACCCAAAGCAAUUUCAGAAGAGACGGCCAAAGAGGAAGAAGAACAGAAGGAAAAGAGGGACAGUAAGCCUCUCGGAAUGGCAUCUAGCUCCAAAAUUCAGUCAGAGAUGGGUAUUCAAUCCGCAACAGAAAUGACGGAUAUGAAAACAAAGCCGUUGGAGAAGCAAACACCUGUUGAUGGAAAGGAUGGACCGCCAACAGUUCCCACUACAAAAACAAGCAAAAUUGAGACUCACACCAACCCAAGGGGCAGGAGCACAGACAAUGAAAUGCACUUGAGGGCUCCAAUAUACAAUGGGGAACACCAAGCCCUGCAUAAGGAAAUCAGGGAAGGUGUAUCGAGAUUUGUCUACAAGAUGGCUGCACAGCAUCCAAUGCAGCCUGGGGAUGAGCGCUCAGCGAGUGUCGUAACCUUGGCUGGUGACAAUAAAGGAGCAUCCAUGAGUUCAGGUUCUCAAGAAGGCUCAGUACACAUUCAAAGGGGCUACAAGCUCAACAAAGAUGACAGUGCCGAAGUGACCAGUGAUGGGGAAGACGGCUCAAAGGAAAGAUCUAAUAAUCCAAGGAGCAGUACACCAAGGAUUACCACAUGCGUUAACAACAAUGUGCAGAGUAUCAACAACUCGGUUCUGUUAAACAGUUCCUGUGACGAAAGAAGCCCUGGGAUUCACUUGACCCUCUCCGACAAGCCAGCUGAACCUACCAAAGAAAAGCGCGGAAUGGAAACCUUCAAAACUCACAAGGCUGAUUUCAACAUAACCCCGGUUCAAAAACUCACAUCUGAGCCCGUCGUGAGAAGAAGGUGCCUCAGAGGCCUUUUCCUGGAAUCUAGUGAGUCUGAUCAAGACAACCCUCAGAAGCCCCGGCAUCAUGGUUGCCGUUAUGGCUGUACAGAGAAAGAAAAGGGCAAAAAUAAGGGUCCCUCUUCUGCAACAAAUGGCAAUGGCAGCACUCACCAUGCCAAGGAAGGUGGAGGUAGCAAAUGAUUCUAUGAAGGCUACGGCUAAAGUUGGUGUAUCUGCUACCACUUCUCCAAGAAUAUUAAAUAUAAUGAAUGUAUGCAGUACAAUAAUAAUAAUAAUAAUAAUAAUAAUAAUAAUAAUAAUAAUAGAAUAUAACAGUAUAAUAAGAAUAGAAGGAUGGUAACGCUUC